AAAAGCCAAACCCAAAUAAACAAUUUCACGUUCAAAAAUAAGCCUAAAAAACCACAACCUGCGACUCAGAAGAUUUAUAAACGACUUUAGAGAAAAACAAGUCCAAAGUGGCUGAUAAUAAGCGGACCUGGCAACACAGAUUAGACUUCAUGAGUUCAGCUUCAUUUCUGUACAAGUCACGUGAUUUCCAUGAAGAGCAGACUGACACAUGCGCAGUGUCGUCUGCAGAUAUUUGGGCGUUGGCCGUCUUCAAGUUCUUAUUGAAGGCCUUUAAAGGAGUUAGAUGUUGGACCCGGUACCAGUUUGUUGGUUGGUUCCGAUGUUGGUCACCGUGUUGAGUUAGAAACUGAUGGUAGAUUAGUUUUUAACGGCCGUAGGUCCAUGUUGUCUCUCAGCUCCUCCUUCUUCCGGGACGCAGCGAGUCCUCGAUUCAACCCUGAGUUUCUCUCGACUAGAAAUAUUUAUUCAGCCUAAACUAGAGUCCGAGUUUCCAUCUAACCUCACGGAGAUCUAACAGAGUUUCUUACUAAAGUUAAACUGUUUUUCGGAGGAUUAAAACUUUCUGAGGAGUUCAAUGAGGAAAUGGCUCCUUUUCUAACUGCGUCCUCUACAUGGACUCUGCUGGUUUUCUGCUCCUUCAUGGCUGUUUCUGCUGAUCAGAGAAUCAUCACAGUUAAACCUGGAGAAGAAGUCAUUCUGCCUUGUAGACCAGCUGAGAACAAAGAUGUUGUAGUUGUAGAGUGGACCAGAACUGAUCUGAAGUCAGAUCAGUUUGUUCUUUUAUACAGAGGGAAUAGGUUUGUUAAAGCAGCUCAGUGUCCAUCUUUUAAGAACCGGGUGGAUCUGAAGGACGUGAAGAAUGGAGACGUGUCUUUGGUUCUGAAGAAAGUGACGACUGAUGAUACAGGAAGAUAUGAGUGUCGAGUUGAUCAGGGAGGACAUGAUUGCAGUAAGAGAUCCAAUCAGGACACUGACCUCAUCAGCAUCAUUGAUCUGAUGGUUCAACCAAAACCGUUUCCAUCCUGGGCCAUAGCUCUCCUGGUUCUCCUGGUUCUAAUUGUUGCUGCUGGUCUUUUAUAUCAUUUUCGGCACUAUUUCAUGUCAGUCCAACAGGUGGAGGUGGAUUCAGGGGUGGAGUCGGUCCUGCUGCCCUGCAGAACCAUAGUUUGCCUGCCUGGAGAUGCUACAGUGGAGUGGAAGGACAGUAGAAACAGGAAGGUCCAUGUGUAUAAGAACGGUUCUGAUCAUUCUGAAGAACAGCACCAGUUCUACAGAACCAGAACCAAGAUGAAUAAAUACCUGCUGGUAACUAAAGACCUCAGUCUGACUCUGAAACAUCCCACAGAUAAAGACAGUAACAUCUACACCUGCAUCAUCUUCAGCAGGGAGGGAAACAUCCUGAUGAAGAAACAAGUUCAUCUCCAGGUCAAAGUCCAACAGGUGGAGGUGGAUUCAGGGGUGGAGUCGGUCCUGCUGCUCUGCAGAACCACAGUUCACCUGCCUGAAGAUGCUACAGUGGAGUGGAGGACCAAAGUAGACAGGAAGGUCCAUGUGUAUAAGAACGGUUCUGAUCAGCCUGAAGAACAGAACCAGUUCUACAGAACCAGAACCAAGAUGAAUGAAGACCUGCUGAGAACUAAAGACCUCAGUCUGACUCUGAAACAUCCCACAGAUGAAGACAGUGGCAUCUACACCUGCAUCGUCUCCAGCAGGAAGGGAAACAUCCUGAUGAAGAAUAGAGUUCAUCUCCAGGUCAAAGUCCAACAGGUGAAGGUGGAUUCAGGGGUGGAGUCGGUCCUGCUGCCCUGCAGAACCACAGUUCGCCUGCCUGAAGAUGCUACAGUGGAGUGGAGGACCAAAGGAGACAGGAAGGUCCAUGUGUAUAAGAACGGUUCUGAUCAUCCUAAAGAACAGAACCAGUUCUACAGAACCAGAACCAAGAUGAAUGAAGACCUGCUGGUAACUAAAGACCUCAGUCUGACUCUGAAACAUCCCACAGAUAAAGACAGUGACAUCUACACCUGCAUCGUCUUCAGCAGGGAGGGAAACAUCCUGAUGAAGAAACAAGUUGAUCUCCAGGUCAAAGUCCAACAGGUGAAGGUGGAUUCAGGGGUGGAGUCGGUCCUGCUGCCCUGCAGAACCACAGUUCACCUGCCUGAAGAUGCUACAGUGGAGUGGAAGGACAGAUACAACAGGAAGGUCCAUGUGUAUAAGAACGGUUCUGAUAAUUCUGAACAACAGAACCAGUUCUACAGAACCAGAUUCAAGAUGAAUGAAGACCUGCUGGUAACUAAAGACCUCAGUCUGACUCUGAAACAUCCCACAGAUAAAGACAGUGGCAUCUACACCUGCAUCGUCUCCAGCAGGGAGGGAAACAAUCUGAUGAAGAAUAGAGUUCAUCUCCAGGUCAAAGUCCAACAGGUGAAGGUGGAUUCAGGGGUGGAGUCGGUCCUGCUGCCCUGCAGAACCACAGUUCACCUGCCUGAAGAUGCUACAGUGGAGUGGAGGACCAAAGGAGACAGGAAGGUCCAUGUGUAUGAGAACGGUUCUGAUCAGCCUAAAGAACAGGACCAGCUCUACAGAACCAGAACCAAGAUGAAUGAAGACCUGCUGAGAACUGGAGAGCUCAGUCUGACUCUGAAACAUCCCACAGAUGAAGACCGUAACAUCUACACCUGCAUCGUCUCCAGCAGUGAGGGAAACAUCCUGAUGAAGAAUAAAGUUCAUCUCCAGGUCAAAGUCUGUCAGGUGAAGGUGGAGGAGGGGGCGGAGUCUGUCCUGCUGCCGUUCAGAACAACACCUGAUCUGCCAGAAGAUGCUAACGUGGUGUGGGACAGUAAAGACAGAGAGGUCCAUUUGUAUAAGAACGGUUCUGAUCAGCUUGACGAACAGGACCAGUUCUACAAAAACAGAACCAAGAUGAAUGAAGAACUGCUGAAAACUGGAGACCUCAGUCUGGUUCUGAGACGUCCCACAGAUGGAGACAGUGGAGAGUACACAUGUGUAGUCUACUGCGAGAACAUCUGGAGACAGAAAACAGUUCAUCUCAAAGUCAAAGCACCAACAGUUCCGGUCCAGAACCAACCAAAGGACAUCAGGACCAGAACCAGCUCCACUGAUCCGACUCCUCUGAUGGCUGAACAUCAAGUCUGAUCAGUUUGUUGAUCCAUCUUUGAUUACUGAUCCAAUCUGACUUUGGAUCAGAGAGAAGAUCUCAGUGAAGGUUCUGAUGGAUCAUCAGAGGAACCUUGAUCCAGUCUGCAGACCUUGAUCAGUAUUGAUUAUAGAGAACUUGAAGCCUUUUCAGGUAGAAGAAUCGGACUCAACCUGGGUGUGAAUAAGUCAGGUGGAUGUUUCCAGUUAAAGAUCAGAACCACUUUAGGUUCUAUGAGGUCCAAUCCAGCAGUUGUUCUCAAGCUGAAGGUAUGAAGGUAACUGGAUCAUUUCUGCUGCCUGUGUCUGAGCUGGAGAACCAUUUUAUGAGGACUGGUUCUGGUUUUAAAUGGAGAGAAACGGUGGGAUUUAUUAAUGCUGCAGUCAGAACAGCAACAGAUUUAACAUUUGAGCCCAAUCGGACCCAGAAAUCUGACCCAGCACCAGCCAGAACCUCCUGAGGAACAACCUCUCCAUCAUUAUUUUCUCAUCAACUCAAAUCCAGACGAGGAAAAAUAUGAAAACUGUUUACUUCAAGUUAAUAAUUUGGAUGUUUUGACCAAAGAAAAGCUGUAAAUAUUUUGUUCCUUUAGGGUUUACUUCAGGUCCAGUUUGACUGAUCCUCCAGAACCAUGUUAGAACUUGUUCUCCUCAGUGUGACGAUGCAGCAGAGAGAGAUGGUUCCAGUCCUGAUCAACAGCAGCUCACAUGUUAAAUAUUAGUUCUUCUAUCCAGGCAGCCAUUAGUCCAGGUUUUAAACUGCUAGCAGCUUUUUCUACAUCUGUUACCUGAUCAACUCAUUUUAUCAAGUUCUGAUCAACGCUUCUGGUUCUGUAUUUCUAUGUCCUGUCAAUGUUCUGAUCCAUAUUUGAUCUUCUACGGACCUCUGUUACUGUGUGAGAAGCAGUUUGUAUCUCCAGGAUUUCUGUGGAGUCAACCUGGAUGUUUCAGUGUUUUUCUAAGUUCUUCUUCACUCUGCUGCUCUUCCUCCUCUCUUCUAUAUAUCCAGUCAUUAUAAAGUUGUCACAUGUAUCUACUGCACUGAGAUGUUUGCUGUGUAUGAAACGGGACCUUCUCUCCAGGAGGUCUGCUGCUCUUCAUCAGGAGCAGCAGGCUGAACGGAGAGGAGGUCUCCUGCAACCAAAGCUUCAUUAAAUCUUCAUCAUGGA